AUGGCGACCCAACGACCCAUCAACUCCUUCAAGGCCCUCACCUUCGACUGCUACGGCACCCUUGUCGACUGGGAAUCCGGCCUGUACAACAACCUCCAGCCCCUGAACGAGCAGCUGCCCGCGUCGCAUCCCCUCAAGGACAACCGCCUCGGCCUCCUCCGGGCUCUGGUCCGGCACGAGGGCCUCGUCCAGGCCGCCAACCCGACGCUCCUCUACAAGGACGUCCUGGCCGCCGCAUACGGCAACCUGGCCGCCGAGCUGGGCGUCUCGGCAGACGAGGCCGCGAAGCAGAAAUUCGGCCUCGGCGUCGGCGACUGGGCCAUCUACCCAGACACGCUGGAUGCGCUGCAGCGGCUGCACAAGCACUUCAAGCUCGUGAUCCUGUCCAACGUGGAUCUCGACUCGUUCAAGCGCACCCUCGACAAGCAGUUCCGGGGCUUCCCCUUUGAUGCCGUUUACACCGCGCAGGAGAUUGGCUCGUACAAGCCCGACCUGAACAACUUUAGGUAUCUCAUUGAGCACUGCGACAAGGACCUUGGCGUGAAGAAGGAGGAUAUCUUGCACACGGCCCAGAGCUUGCACCAUGACCACGUGCCGGCGAAGCAGAUUGGGCUUGCCAGCGCGUGGAUCGAGCGCGGCGAGGAAGUUGAGAGCGUCAUGGGCGGGGAUCCGGAGGCGCAUGCGGACAAGGUGUCGUAUUCGUGGAAGUUUAAGAAUAUGAAGGAGAUGGCCGACGCGGUUGAUGCUGCUGCAAAGAGCGGGUGA